AUGGAACCAGCAAACCAAACCAUCAUUUCAGAAUUUUUUCUCCUGGGAUUUUCUCAGGACUCAGCGCAUCAACCACUUGUAUUUGGAAUGUUCCUCUCCAUGUUUAUGGUCACCGUGUUUGGAAACGCACUCAUCACCCUGGCCAUCAUCUCUGAUUCCCACCUUCACACCCCAAUGUACUUUUUCCUCUCCAACCUGUCCUUGGCUGACAUCUGUUUCACCUCCACCACCAUCCCAAAAAUGCUGGUGAACAUUCAGAGCCAGAACAAAUCCAUUACUUAUGCAGGCUGCAUCACCCAGAUGUAUUUUUUCAUGGUUUUUGGAGGCAUGGAUACCUUUCUUCUGACUGUGAUGGCCUAUGACCGAUUUGUAGCCAUCUGUUACCCCCUGCACUACUCAGUCAUCAUGAACCCCCGCCUUUGUGGUCUGUUGGUUCUAGUGUCCUUGUUUAUCAGCUUGCUGUACUCCCUAAUGCAGAGUUUGUUGACACUGCGGCUCUCCUUUUGCACCAAUUGGAUAAUUCAUCACUUUUACUGCGAACUUGCUCAGGCCCUUAAAAUUGCCUGCUCAGAUACACUCAUCAAUCACAUUCUGCUAUAUAUAGUGGCAGGACUUCUCGGCAUUGUUCCCUUCUCAGGAAUCAUUUUCUCAUACACUCGAAUUAUCUCCUCCAUCUUAAGAAUCCCAUCAAGUGAUGGGAAAUAUAAAGCAUUUUCCACUUGUGGGUCUCACCUGUCUGUGGUUUCUUUAUUCUAUGGAACAGGCCUUGGUGUCUAUCUCAGUUCUGGAACAUCACCAUCUUCCUGGAAGGGCAUGGUUGCCUCGGUGAUGUACACUGUGAUCACGCCCAUGCUGAACCCUUUCAUCUACAGUCUGAGGAACAGAGACAUCCAGAGGGCCCUACAAAGAAUUCUUAGGAGAGCACUCUAA